CCCCGCUUGCAGGAUGGAGCAGACAGCUGGAGGAUUCUGAUCAUACUCCUUCCUUCUGCUCGCUUUUCCAGUUUGGUCUUUAAACUCUGAAGAACAUCCACCUCGUGAAGAGAACAGGGAAAUCUUCUCAACAUGUCUAUCCGGAGGUUCUGGAGCAGCCCGAAAACCCUGGGAGAUGUGACCGUUGUGACAGAAGAGCUGAAGAAUCUUUACUACAAGAGGCUGCUGCCUAUUGAGAAGCACUACUCCUUUCAUCACUUUCAUUCACCAAGUUAUGAGGAUGCAGACUUUGACAACAAGCCAAUGGUUCUGGUAAUGGGUCAGUACUCGACGGGAAAGACGACUUUUAUCAGAUAUUUGCUUGAGGAAGAGUUCCCUGGCAGCAGAGUUGGGCCAGAGCCAACCACUGACUGCUUCACUGCACUCAUGUACGGAGAAGAGGAGCGAGUGACCCCUGGGAACGCCAUCACGGUGGAUCCCAAGAAACCGUUUCGCAAUCUUGACCCUUUCGGAAAUUCUUUUCUGAACAGAUUCCAGUGUGUGCAGAUGCCAAAUCCAGUCCUUGAGAGUAUCAGCAUAAUUGACACGCCAGGGAUCUUGACUGCCGCUAAACGAAAACUUAGCCGAGGCUAUGACUUUCAAGCAGUGCUGCGCUGGUUUGCAGAGCGUGUGGAUCGAAUCAUCCUGCUAUUUGAUGCACACAAACUGGAGUUCUCCGAUGAGCUAACCAGGGCCUUUGGAGCUUUGCAUGGCUACGAGGACAAGCUGCGUGUGGUUCUGAACAAAGCUGACAGGGUGGACUCGCAACAGCUCAUGAGAGUGUAUGGCGCCCUCAUGUGGUCGCUGGGGAAAGUGUUCCGAACCCCUGAAAUCUUACGGGUUUUUAUCGGGUCGUUCUGGUCAGAGCCUCGGCUGAGGUGCGACCACUACAAGCUGAUAGAGCUGGAAGAAGAGGAUCUGCUAACGGAUAUUAGGAACCUGCCACGCAACGCCGCAGUGAGAAAGCUGAACGACCUGGUGAAGAGGGCACGUUUAGUCAGGGCUCAUGCCCACAUUAUCAGCCAUCUAAAGCAGGAGAUGCCAACAAUCUUUUGCAGAGAAAGCAAGAAGCACAACCUGAUCUAUAAGCUUCCUGUUAUUUUCACCAAGAUUCAACAACAGCAUCGAGUCCCAGCUGGUGACUUUCCUGACUGCACCAAGAUGCAGGAGAAACUUUUGGGUCACAAUUUUUCGAAGUUCAAGACUCUGAAGCCAAGCCUGAUGAACUCCUUGAACAAACUGCUAACUACUGAAAUCGCCAGUCUGGUUCCUUUAUUUGAGCAACAAGAGCAGAGGAAGAAAUCACUACCUGCCGUGUUGGAUGGUGAAUUUCUGGGAACAUUCCGGCGUGAUCAGUUCAAGGGAGAUCCGUUUAAGGAAAUGCUCAAAGAUGAUGAGAUCAGCGACGCAGAUUCUGAUGAAUGGGUUGUGGAAAAAUACAAACCUAAGUACGAUGAGAUCUUCUACAAUCUAAGUCCACACGAUGGAAAACUCUGUGGCACCAAAGUCAAAGAGUGGAUGACGACCACUCAUUUGCCCAAUUCGGUUCUUGCUCACAUCUGGAGACUGGCAGAUGUAGACAGGGAUGGGAUGCUGGACAAUGAUGAAUUUGCGUUGGCAGUCCACCUGAUUGAGGGGAAGCUGGACGGACACUGGUUGCCCAGAGAGCUUCCUUCCCAUCUGGUUCCACCCUCCAAGCGGCUUAGUACAUCAAGCGAUGCACCAGCGUAAUCUUCUUAUCAGAAUCAAGAGGACUGAGGAGACAUCACUUGUAUAAUUUGUAAAAAAUAUUUUAAGCAAACCUGAUGUCACUGAUUGUGGGGCCCAUAAAAAUGUGCAAUGUUUUAUACAUUCAUAAACUUAUCCGUUACCAGAUUUUGUUCUCUCUAACAUAAAGUGUAGUACAUUCAUUAAAAACAUUUGUAUUAUUAUUUUAGGUUUUACAAUAUUUUGUCAUUAUAAUACGCUUUCUGUCCUUCAACUUUUCACAAACCCAGGUGGCAGA